UUCCAAAAAUCCGUGACCCAGAAAUACUUAGUUAUUCUUGCCCGCUUCACAGCGGUAUCACUGAGGAAGAAAGAACAGAAGGCGACAGGAAGAAAGAAAUCUGCCUGCUGGACAACAACAACAAUAUUGACAGCACCUUCAAAUAUGGCAGAAGUUGAGGAGACACUAAAGAGAAUUCAAACUCACAAAGGUGUAAUUGGAACAAUAGUUGUUAAUGCCGAGGGUAUCCCAAUCAGAACUACCUUAGACAACUCCACUACGGUGCAGUAUGCUGGUCUGCUACACCAGCUCACUAUGAAAGCCAGGAGCACAGUCCGAGACCUUGACCCUCAGAACGACCUGACCUUCCUCCGCAUCCGCUCCAAGAAGCAUGAGAUCAUGGUGGCACCUGACAAGGAGUAUCUAUUGAUAGUAAUCCAGAACCCCAGUGAAUAGCCCCAGGAUGUUCCUGUGAGAGUCAGGCUGUAGCUCCUCACACACUGAUCUUUCAAGAAUAUAUGUUUUGUUUAGCUUAACCACACUUUUUGCUUUCUUUGUAUUUUCUUUUUUGUCUACUUUUUAAACUCUGCAAUAUGAUGCCUUACUCAAUAUACUAAUUAUCUUCCUUAGCCAUCGUCAUCAAUUCAAAACAAUAAACAAGGAUGUCAUAACAA